GUUUUGUCCCCAGCGCCGCCCCGUAGUGUGUGACGUCACACAGAGCCAGGCCUGGCAGCGCACAGACAAGGCACGGAGAUCGGAGCUGAAGAGUUAUGGGAAAAUCGUACUCGCUCAUGCCGCCGCACGGUGGAAAGGAUGGUCUGGGUGAAGGUGGCGCACCGUCAGAGGACUCCAGCGCUCUUGUGAACUCGGAUGGCCAUGAGGAAGGAAGGAACGGUGACGUGUCCCAUUUCCCCUAUGUGGAGUUCACAGGGAAAGACAGCGUGACCUGCGCCACAUGCCAAGGGACGGGGCGCAUCCCCAGAGGUCGUGAAAAUCAGCUCGUGGCUUUGAUACCGUACAGCGAUCAGAGACUGCGCCCGAGAAGAACAAAACUCUAUGUGACCGUCUCCGUCGUCGUGUGUCUGCUGCUCUCUGGUCUGGCGGUGUUCUUCCUCUUCCCGCGUUCCAUCGACAUCCAGUACGUCGGCGUGAAGGCGGUCUAUGUGCGCUAUGAGGAGUCCACCAAUUCCGUGUAUCUCAACAUCACGAACACGCUGAAUAUAACCAACAACAACUUCUAUUCGGUGGAGGUCGACAACGUGACCGGGCAGGUUCAGUAUUAUAAAACCGUUAUUGGGAAGUCGAAGUUAAACAACGUCACCAAGAUCGGACCGCUGGAUACUAAACAAAUUGACUACAUGGUGCCGACCAAAAUAGGGAAAGAGUUUGACUACAUGUACACCUACUGCACCCUGCCGAGCAUUAAAGUUCACAACAUAGUGGUGAAUAUGCAGGUGACAGUCACCAUUUCAUACUUGGGGCACCCCGAGCAGCUCUCGCAGGAAGUCUACCAGUACGUAGACUGCGGAGGAAACGCGACGUACCACCUCGGCCAGUCCAAUCUCCCCAUAUUCAAACAGCCGUAGGCUUGGCGAGGCUGCAGAGGAGGCUUUGUGCUGAUUUUGCCAUCUCACACACAGGGUGGCCGGCAGUUAUUUCCGUUGUGAGCGCACGGCUUGGGGAGCGGUCGGCGCUGUUAGAAUAGGCUCUAACCCUGUAACGUAGACUGAAGGUUUCCAUUCACCGAAUCACUUGGUGCGACUCGCUAAUUUAACUUGUAAAUACUUCUGUACAUAGUCUAUUGUUAAUGUACUGUAUAUGUCUCAGAAUGCAGGUGAUGUGAUAUGUUCAACUUUAUUGGCUGCUUUAAGG